CCGCUCGCUUCUCCUAAAAAUGAAAAGGAUAUUCAUUUUAAAAGAAUGGAUUGAGACCUGUCAAUAGCAUUUAUAUUUGUACGUAUAUUUUUGUAUCAUUGUAAUGCUAUUACAUUGCAUUUGUUUAUUUUAUACAGCUAAUCGACUCGAAACCGCGAGAAGACCACAUUUAUAUUUUCUACGCUAACGCAGACAGGAGAGGAGGGGGAACACUGCUGUGGCUGUGGUCUCGGGGAAGAGCCGAAUGCAUGGAUUCAAAGCUUACAGCGAUCAUUGGCGCUUCGAUCUCGGCUUGUCCUCCUAGUCGCUGACAGCUGGGAGAGCAGUCUAUCCAACAGGCGGAAAAGAGCAGCCGACCAAGGGGCGAGCGAGAGAGGGGCGAAGAGAGCCAUCACUUCACCGGCUCGAUCGAUCCACCGGCGCUGGGAUCCGCUUUGGCGUGCGUGAGGAAAGGCGAUCGCCCCAGGGGUAUUCUUUCAUCGAGAGGGAUAUACACCUUUGACAGAAGAAGAGGAGGCGGGUAUAACAGACAAAUAUACGUUGAAAGUAGCCACUUACUAUAUCCAAUUUAAAGAAAAAUAAUAAAGGAGGGGAAUAUUCCGCCUGCCCUCUGACAACACCCCCUCUCUUGAAGAAACAAUAUACACAAAUCCAGGUGGUGUGUGUUGACCUAUAGGACAGCCCAGUGCUGGAUCCCAGAGUGCCUGUCAGAGAGGUAAGGACUCUUGAGAAGAAGGAGGGUGCAUGGAGCUUUCAAAGCUGGUGAAGCCGGGGACAUCCGCCUUCCUCUGGUUGGGCCUGGUUGCUGCAGCAACAGCGUUCUUAUGCACCGAGGCCCGGACCACGCCGAGCCCCAUUCCCACAGCGCACAAUGCUACCUGUGAAGGGACGUCGGCGUGCAAGCCAGGCAUUGUCCUGCCUAUCUGGUACCCUGAGGACCCCUCCAUGGGCGAUAAGAUUGCGCGGGUCAUUGUGUACUUUGUUGCAAUGAUAUACAUGUUCCUGGGUGUGUCCAUCAUUGCUGAUCGCUUCAUGGCAGCUAUUGAGGUCAUCACCUCGCAGGAGAAGGAGAUCAUCAUCAAAAGGUCGAACGGGGAGACCACCACCACCACCAUUCGGAUAUGGAAUGAGACCGUCUCCAACCUCACCCUCAUGGCCCUGGGCUCUUCUGCGCCAGAGAUCCUGCUCUCCGUCAUUGAGGUCUGUGGCCACGGGUUCAAGGCCGGGGAGCUGGGUCCCUCAACCAUUGUGGGCAGCGCAGCUUUCAACAUGUUCGUAAUCAUCGGCCUCUGCGUGUCUGUUAUCCCCGAUGGAGAGACGCGCAAGGUCAAGCAUCUGCGUGUCUUCUUUGUCACAGCGGCCUGGAGCAUCUUUGCCUACAUUUGGCUCUAUAUGAUUUUGGCAGUAUACUCCCCCAACGUCGUGCAGAUUUGGGAGGGCCUGCUCACACUGGCUUUUUUUCCCAUCUGUGUCGUCCUGGCCUGGGUGGCUGACCGGCGCCUGCUCUUCUACAAGUUCAUGCACAAGAAGUACCGCACGGACAAGCACCGAGGCGUCAUCAUUGAGACCGAGACCGAGCGCGCAAAGGGCAUUGAGAUGGAUGGAAAGAUGGUCAACUCGCACUUUGUAGAUGGAGCUGCUAGCAACUUGAUUGGGCUCAUGGAGGGGAAAGAGGUGGACGAGUCCCGACGAGACAUGAUCCGUAUCCUGAAGGACCUGAAGCAGAAGCACCCGGAAAAGGAACUGGACCAACUGGUGGAGAUGGCCAACUACUACGCCCUGUCGCACCAGCAGAAGAGUCGCGCUUUCUACCGUAUCCAGGCCACGCGCAUGAUGACCGGGGCAGGUAACAUCCUGAAGAAGCACGUAGCCGAGCAGGCUAAGAGGAGCGCCAGUGUGCAAGAGGUACGCAUUGAGGAGCCGGAGGAAUUCGUCUCCAAGAUCAUUUUCGAGCCCUGCGCCUACCAGUGCCUGGAAAACUGUGGCGCCGUCCUGCUGACAAUCGCGAGGAAGGGUGGCGACAUCUCCAAGACGCUCUAUGUGGAUUACAAGACGGAGGAUGGGUCGGCCAACGCCGGAGCAGACUACGAAUUCACAGAAGGCACGGUCGUGUUCAAGCCGGGGGAGAUACAGAAGGAGAUCACUAUCGGCAUUAUUGACGAUGACAUCUUCGAGGAGGACGAGCACUUUUUUGUGCGGCUCAGUAAUGUCCGCGUACUAGAGACUGACGAUUUCCUGUCGCCCAAUAGCCUGCCCUACCCCAAGGCCCUGCUGGGCUUCCCUUCAGUGGCCACAGUCACCAUCCUGGACGAUGACCAUGCCGGCAUCUUCACCUUCGAGAGCGAGUCGGUGCACGUAAGCGAGAGCAUAGGCAUCAUGGAGGUGAAGGUGCUGAGGACUUCUGGAGCUCGGGGCACUGUCAUUGUGCCGUACCGUACUGUGGAGGGACUGGCCAAGGGUGGAGGAGAGGACUUUGAUGACACCUACGGAGAGCUGGAGUUCAAAAAUGAUGAGACCUGCAAAACGAUUCAGGUGAAAAUCAUUGACGACGAGGAGUACGAAAAAAACAAGAACUUCUUCCUGGAGCUGGCUGAGCCGCGCAUGGUGGAUAUGAGUCUGCAGAAAGCUCUGUUGUUAGCGGGAGAUGUUGCAGACAGGAAGCUAACAGUGGAGGAGGAGGAGGCGAAAAGGAUUGCAGAGAUGGGCAAACCAAUACUGGGAGAACACUCCAAACUAGAAGUCAUCAUCGAGGAGUCCUAUGAGUUCAAGAGCACAGUGGACAAACUAAUUAAGAAGACCAACCUGGCUCUGGUGGUGGGCACCAACUCCUGGAGAGAACAGUUCAUGGAGGCCAUCACAGUCAGUGCAGGAGAUGAGGAUGAGGAGGACUCAGGCGAAGAACGUUUGCCCUCUUGCUUCGACUACGUCAUGCACUUCCUGACCGUCUUCUGGAAAGUCCUGUUUGCCUGUGUCCCCCCCACUGAGUACUGGAAUGGCUGGGCCUGCUUCACUGUGUCCAUCAUCAUCAUCGGCUUGCUGACGGCCAUCAUCGGCGACCUGGCCUCCCACUUUGGUUGCACCAUCGGUCUGAAGGACUCUGUCACUGCUGUGGUGUUUGUAGCACUUGGCACUUCAGUCCCUGACACCUUUGCCAGUAAAGUGGCGGCAGUGCAGGACACGUACGCGGACGCCUCCAUUGGGAAUGUGACGGGCAGUAACGCGGUCAACGUGUUCCUGGGCAUCGGCGUGGCGUGGUCGGUGGCGGCCAUCUACUGGCACAUGCAGGGGAAGGAGUUUGUGGUGCCGGCGGGGUCCCUGGCCUUCUCCGUCACGCUCUUCACCAUCUUCGCCUUCCUGGCAGUGACCGUGCUGCUGUAUCGGCGCCGCGCUCACAUCGGGGGGGAGUUGGGCGGCCCCCGCGGACACAGACUGGCAACAACUGGCUUCUUCUUCAGCCUCUGGCUGCUCUACAUCCUCUUCUCCGGUCUCGAGGCCUACUGUCAUAUAGAGGGCUUCUAGAAACCAGAAACACCACUCCAAGGUUCAAAGUACAACACAGAAAACAAGGGUGGAUUUUCAUUGUG